CUGCUUUGAACACAGAGAAGAUAAGAAAGUCAAUGAUCAACACUGCGCCAUUUUAUCUAACGGAUUUCAUCUAGCAGGAAACGCACAGGAGAAGGACCAUGGCAACAGCACAGAUAUUUCCAUUUGAAAUACCACGGAAUGAAAAAGAAAAUUAUUUCCGCAUGCACCUGCUCUUAGAGCAUGCAACGGACGUGCUUCGAGAUGUUCUCAGGACUCAGCUAAAAGCAGCUUAUCCGGGACUGUUUGAUCCCAGUAAAACUGACAAACUUUUUGACGUACUUGACAAUCUACAAGUCAAACAUACCUUACUGCUAUUGAAAAAUAGAAAGGUAAUAAACUCGAGUCAAAUGAAACUCCUGUACCCCUCUGGCACCCCUUCAACAACUGUGACAACACAGGACUUAGAUAUUACACUUGCAGUUGUUUUAUUAAGAAACAUCACCAAUCUGAACCCUCAUGCUAAAUGGGAAAACCCACCAGCUUCCGACACCUCCAUAGAGGCCAACAUUGGUAGAGUGAAGACCUACCGCAAUCAGCUCUCGCAUGGACAUCGUCUUGGCCUCACUGACACAUCAUUUCAGACAGAGUUUAAUGCCCUCAAGCACGUCCUGCUGUCACUGUCACCAAUAUAUACCAGCGAUCACUACGACAAGCUUCUUAUUAUGCCACUGGAGGCUAAAGUUGCCCCGUGUCAGCUCCUCUCACUACAGCUACCAGGAAAAUUUGCUGACCUUAAAGGCCGUGAAGACAUGGUACAACAAAUACAGCAGCACAUUGCAGGUGAAACCCGACUUGUUCUUCUAACUGGGAUGGGGGGCAUUGGGAAGACAUCGGUGGCCAUCGAAGUCGGGCAUCGCGAGCAAAAGGUGUUGUUCAUUGAUAUGAGACAAGUCACCAACCUUGAAUCUGUCAAGUUAUCUUUAGUCCAGCACUACCACCCAACAAGUUCCCUGAAAGAUUUAUACAGUGACUAUCAAAAUGUAUUCAUACAAUCUCUGUCUAGUUUAACUUCAGACACUGUUAUAAUAUUUGAUAACAAUGAUGAGGUAAUGAAGUCAAAUUUGCAAGAAUUUCACAAAUUGAUCCAAGAUAUUUUGAAUUCAACAAAGCAUAUCACUUUACUGUGCACCAGUCGUGAAGCAUUCAGUCAAAUGUCGCAUUAUAUGGCUGUCAUAGACUUACCUCCCCUUGAUAAGGCCCCUUCCAUUGAUAUUCUUUGGGAAGGAAAAACAUCUAGACCCACUGAUAGUGAAUCAGUAGUGUUAAGUGAAAUAGCAGAGAAAUGCGGGGGGAACCCCCUUGCACUGAAAUUAUUAUCAGUUCAACUCAAGAAAAAAACUGCGCAGAGAGUAUUAGAUAGGAUUAAAAACAAAAAUGUUAUUGAAAGUCUUAAGGUAGCAAAUCUUCCAGCUUCUCAAGAAAUGAUGGCAUGCCUGGAUAUGUCUUAUGAAACACUUAAUACUGAAGAAAAAAGAGUAUUUAGGGCUUUGCAUAUGUUUCCAGUUUCAUUUUCUCUGGAAGAAGUUUCAGAAAUGUUUAAAAUAGAUGAGGAUAAAUGUGAAUCAAUCCUUGACAGUCUUUCCAACAAAUCCCUUCUCAGUUCAGACCUAAGUUCCUUUGAUCUCCACCCCUUGUUAAGAGCUUAUGCGGAGUUUCAAGCAAGGAAAGAUCAAAAUGAAAUAGCUCACAUACAAGAUGCAUACUGCAAAUAUUACAUGAAACAAACUCCUCUUCUGUUAUCCGAAUUUGAUACCCUUCCGUCUAAAGAAACGUACGCAAAAGCACAAAAAAUACUGCCACAUCUUAGGCUUAUUGCUGGUUUGCUGUCAGAUCAGCUGAGCAACAACAAACCAAGCGACACAGACAUAUUCAUUAAUUUGUUCCACAUUGCAUGUGUAUUUCAAAAUCUUUUUUUAUACCCUGAAGCAUUUUCAAUACUCAACUCAUUGAAAACGUUGAUACAAAAAGAUCCGUUCAGGUCUUUUGAUGGACUUGUCCAUAUGUUCAUUGGCAAUGUGCUGUAUGGAAUGGGGAAAUACAAAGAUGCCUACAAUUUUUAUCAAAGAGGUGUAAUAAAACUGACAAAGAUACUAGGAUCUAGUCACCCCGAGAUGGCUUCAGUUUACAGCAACAUGGGCAAUUUCCUAAUGGAAAUGGGUAAGUACACUGAGUCAAUAUCAUAUAUGCAAAAAUGUCUUGAAGUCCAGCAAGAAAACCUUGGGUCUAACCAUCCUGAAAUUGCCGACACAUACAGUGGUAUUGCUGAUACACUUAGGUCCAUAGGCAAGUAUACAGAAGCCCUUUCAAAUCAAAAAAAAUGUAUUGAAAUCUUAGAGGGGGUAUUAGGUCCCAAACAUCCUAAGACAGCCAUGAAAUAUGACGCACAUGGCACAAUCCUAAAAGAAAUGGGUAGGUUUAGAGAAGCAUUUACUUUCCACCAGAAAAGUAUUGAUGUCUUAGAAUCAUCAUUUGGUUCUAAAAACAUUUAUACUGCUUCAGCUUACAGCAAUAUUGGUGAGGUGUAUCGAUUAAUGGGGAAGUAUAGAGAAGCCCUUAAGUAUAACAAGAAAUCACUUUCAGUAUUUGAAGAAAUCCAUGGCCCCAAACAUCCUCGAACUGCCAAAAUAUAUAUCAAUCUUGGUAACACAUUGAGCGAAAUGGGUAAAAAUCCAGACGCAUUAGCAUAUUAUAAGAAGUCACAUGCAAUCUUGAAAGAUGUACUUGGGCCACGGCACAUUGAGACUGUCAAGACAAUUACAAACAUGUGCCUAAUACUAAAGGAAACUGGUAAGCCAGAAGAUGCACUUAAAUAUUAUUCUGAAAACCUUGACAUCAUGACAGAGCUCAUGGGUCCAAAGCACCCUGAAACAUCUGCCAUAUACCACGGCAUUGGUGGCUGCUUCCUUGAUAUGGGCAUUUAUGAAGUCGCAGUUGCAUGUUAUCAUAAAUGUCUUGAAGGCAGGGAGGAAGUCCUUGGACCCAAUCAUCCGAAUACUGCUAAUACUUAUAGCCGUAUGGGUCUGGCGCUUGCUUACAUGGGUAAGAAUAGAGAAGCACUCACGUACCAUAAUAAAUGUCUUGGAGCUAGAGAAAUAGUUCUUGGAUUCAAACAUCCUGACACUGUCAGUGAAUACAGCAAUAAAGGACAUGCACUUAGUGAGUUAGGUGAACAUGCAGAGGCACUUAAAUACUACGAAAAAGCUCUUGACGUAAGAAGAGAGAUACUUGGUGACAAACACCCUGAUACUGCCCUGCUAUAUCGCAACAUUGGCUGUGUCCUGCAUGAUAUGGGCAAAUAUUCAGAGGCCCUGACAUAUUAUGAAAAAUGUCUUGAAGUCUAUCAUGAACAUUUCGGGCCAGAUCACGAAAUGACGGUGACUCUUAAUAUUAAAGUGCACUUCAUAAAAUUGAUAAUAUUAAGUAAGGUACUUGUGAAUAUGAGCAAAUAUCUUGCCACUGAACUGAUAGUUAAAGGCAAAUUUAAUCAAGCAAGUCGAUUCUUAAAUUUUAUUGAUUGGAAAUUCAAGCUUUACAAAUUUUGAUAAG